AUGUCGACGGACAAGAUCACCUUCUUGACGAACUGGUGGGUUAUUGAGAUGAUGAAUAGAGUUGGAUAGAAUGGGUGGGUGGCUGACUGAUCAAAGGCACGCUACGCCAUACCAUGCACCGCUGUACCUGGCUCAGGCCAAGGGCUUCUUCCAGGAAGAAGGCAUCAAGGUCGCCAUCAUGGAGCCGAACGACCCAAGUGUGCGUUCAAGCCGAAUGAGCAGUUCGCCUGAGAGGACCACUGACACAAGCAGGAUGUCACGGAAAUCAUCGGGACGGAGAAGGUCGAUAUGGGCUUCAAAGCCAUGAUCCACACCUUGGCUGUAUCAUAUCACUCCCGACUCCGCCCCUCCCCUACACACACGAACUAACCUCGUAUCAUCCAGGCCAAAGCCCGCUCCUUCCCCAUCAAAUCCAUCGGCUCCCUCCUCGACGAACCCUUCACCGGGGUCGUCUACCUCAAGUCCUCCGGCAUCACGUCCGACUUCCACACGCUCAAGGGCAAGAAGAUCGGCUACGUGGGCGAAUUCGGGAAGAUCCAGAUCGACGAACUCACCUCCCACUACGGCAUGUCCCCCUCGGACUACACCGCCGUGCGCUGCGGCAUGAACGUGUCCCAGGCCAUCAUCCGCGGCGAGAUCGACGCCGGCAUCGGCCUGGAAAACGUGCAGAUGGUGGAGCUGGCCGAAUGGCUCGCCUCCCAAGGCCGCGCCCGCGAUGAAGUCCAGAUGCUGCGCAUCGACGAGCUGGCCGAACUCGGCUGCUGCUGCUUCUGCUCCAUCCUGUACAUCGCCAACGAGCGCUUCCUGCGCGAACACCCGGACAAAGUGCGCGCGUUCCUGCGCGCCGUCAAGCGCGCGACGGACUUUGUGCUGCGGGACGCCGAGGGCGCGUGGCGCGAAUACGUGGCCUUCAAACCCGUCAUGGGGACCGAGCUGAACCGCAAGAUCUUCGAGCGCAGCUUCGCCUUCUUCUCGCAGGACCUGCGCAACGUGCAGCGGGACUGGGACAAGGUGACGCGGUACGGGAAGCGACUCGGGGUGUUGGCGGAGGGGUUCGUGCCGAAUUACACGAAUGAGUUUUUGGGCUGGGAUGGCGAGGGGGAGCAGGCGGAUCCGAAGGGGGAUCAGAGGAGGAUGGUGGAGUUGCAGAGGGCUGUUGCUGAGGAGGGCGGGUUUCGUAGGCUGGAGGUCAAGCGUACUGUUGUUGCCGCCAGUGCCUGA